AUGUGGCUAAACCAGCUCCAAACACGAUCACCAGAGGCCUCCAUCUGCUCAUGUAGCCUACACAUCAAAGCCAAAGUGACCAGCCCGUCAAAGUACGAUGCCCUGUCAUAUCGCUGGGAAGGUGGAGAGACGCAGACAGUGGAAGUCAACGGGGCCGACCUUCACGUUACAGACAACCUAUACGCAGCCCUUCUGAGCCUACGGAGGGAGUCUCACCCUCUUCCCAAAGUCCUCUGGGUCGACAGCAUCUGCAUCAACCAGGACUCCGGCCAGGAGCGCGGGGAGCAGGUUCCGCUGAUGGGUGAGAUCUACUCCAAAGCACACGCUGUGCGGAUUUGGCUGGGCGAGGAAUGCGCAGGGGUGGAUGAGGCUUUCAAGCUGGUGCGAGACUGCGGCGCAGGCACGCCGGAGGAGGUCGUGAGCAGGGUGCUGGGCGACGAGGAGGGGACCAGGGGUCUCACGAAAGUCCUGCAUCGGUCCUACUGGGGCCGCAUGUGGAUGUUCCAGGAGAUCGUCCUAGCGACCAACGCUAUGGUUCACUGUGGCAGCCACGAUGCGCCCUGGGACUACUUCAAAUGGCUUCAUACUAUCACGGCGGAACGGGCUUUCUGGUCCGAAUUUGAGGUCGAGCACACGUGGAUCGGCGACCUCCGCCAAGCACUAUUUCAGAUCUCGCAUUUCACAAUUCCUAGAGACGACGCUCACGACAUCAACGCCGUCUCUAUACCAACAAGGCGACUACAAUGCACGGACGCGAGAGAUAAAAUUUACGGUCUCAUGGGGGUCUGCAAGGAGCUGGCCAAGACGGUCAGAGUAGACUACGCAGCCCCUGUGCGAGAUGUAUACACGGAAUUUGCGAAAAGUCGAAUUGAGUCGGACGGCGAGCUUUACACGCUCCUCACGGCUGGAUUGUGGACCCCGGCCAACGGCGAGGAUCUAGGAAUCCCGUCCUGGGUUCCUGACCUGCGUGGUACGGCUGGAGUCGACACCCGCUACUUGGGCAGUGCUUAUCUUGAGACGUGCAAUGCAGACGGCGCUGGCGGCUCACGUCCGUUCUUUGCGUUCUCGGCGUGCGAUGAGAACACAAUCCUCGAGGUGGAGGCUUUGAUCCUCGAUUCUGUUCAAGCUCACCAAAGACUCAAGAACGAGGAUGAGCAAAGCCGUAAAACUCUCAUUGAUAAUUUUUGCCUCGGAGCAGAUGGGCAGGAGUUCUCUGCACCGAAACUGAGGCACUUUUUCCGGGCCAUCGUUCUCGAGAACUCAACAUUUUCCGCAGGCAUAAGGGUGCUUGACAAGGCACAGAGAAAAUCCCUACAGAGGCUGGCGCUCGGAUUUUUCGAAGACUUGCAGCAUCUCUAUGGGCCUCAACAAGCUUUUAUCGGAUUCUUGGAGACUUUCCGAGAUGUUGGCCUCGAGCUGUUAGACGAUCAUGCCUCCCAACUUUCGCCAGAAUUUGGCCCGGAGGAACUCCGUCGUGAUGAGCUGGAAUACCUGUAUAAGACAAAGUCGCACGAGGGAAGCCAAGGAUCGACAAUAUUCUCCACUGUCGACGGUUAUAUCGGCAUUGGCCGUUAUCCCCUUGAGCAAGGAGAUGUGGUAGCAAUCUGCUUUGGUUAUCCCUAUACCAUUCUCAAGGAUCGCGGUCAGAUCGGAGGAGCUUGGACGCUCGUCAGUUAUCCGGGAUUCGGGCCCGGCGCCAAGCUUGACUGCAAAGGCUUCUGGUGGCACAUAUGGCUCCACGAGGAGAUCCCAGAGCUGUGCGCCUUGAGUUGCAUAGUGGACAUGCAUCUUUUUGCAGUAAACGAGGCAGGUCAUCUCGGCAGAAAAUGCUUUCAGAACCACCGCAAAAGCAAGAGGAGCGAGAAAAAGACUAUCAAGACUGCCAACGACUGUGACUGCAGGCGGGCAGACAACCAGGCCCAAGUUGUCUUCCGUCUUUGGGCGCCAGCCCUGGUCCACGUCGAAUUUGCACCAUCACUUGGCAGACACUUGUACUGA